AUGCCUUCGACGUUAGUGGGCUCGCAGCAUUUACAAAUCUUGCCUACACAACGGAUCUAUGACGUUGAAAGAAACAGAAUAAUUCAACGUAUCAAAUUUCAACAUUUGCCUAAUAACCUAUUUUUGCAAAACAAUAAAAAGGUAAAGGUAAAUGUAAAAAUUUCAGCCUUUUCUUUUCCCCAGGAUUUUCAUGAAUCCUUUGCAUUUUGUCGCAAACAGAACAAAAGCAUUAUACCGGGUAAGAGAAUUGUUGUAAAGCAAAGAGCAAAUCCAACGCGCUAUGCUGUUUAUCCAUAUACAAAUUGUCAAUUGGAACAAUUACAUCAGAGUAAAAACGGUAGUGAAUGUGAAUGUCGCUGUGAUUUGGUUUACGGUAUUGAUAUAGACGGUGGCUUGCAAAACUCACUUUUGGUCCCACAAGAGUUGUUAAUUCCUAUACCAAAAAUUGUUAGUCUUCAUGACGUUUGCUUUUUAUGGGAUAUUUUGCUACCCUUUUAUGUCCAUUACAAAUCAGUAAGAAAUAAGUAUUCUUCAUUUUGUAUAAUACUAAAUGAUUUGAAAAAGGAAUUAAACGAGGUGUUGAUUGUAUUGAAUCAUUUUGGAACUAGCAAAAAAAAGAUUUCAAUUAUUGAUGGAUCAAAAGUUAAUCGAUAUCUCAACAAGAGAUACCAAUGCGUAUUUUGCUUUGAUUCUAAAUUAUUGCCAUUUGCUGAAUCUGUUUGUACUGGGGGGCUGAUCCUGAUCCUGCUGAGUGGUUAUUAUUCACUUUAUACAAAUUUUCCAAUUGUAAGUAGAUCAAGUGAUAAACCCUGCCAUCAAAUGAGAUUGACAUAUGAGAAUAAACUGGACUGCAUUGAAUUAUUGGGGGUUAUGGCUGAGUUGAAUACGAGUAGGAAAAACGCUGAACGCGAUAGUAUGAUGGCUACUACAGAAUCUAGUGGUGAUGAUGAAUUGUCCUCGCUGAGUUUAACUAGUUCCAACAUGUCCUUGAAAUCAAAGCACAAUAAACAUCUGGAACAUGUGCAACCUCUGCAACAUGGUAGUGACAGUCAUAGCGAUGGACAUUAUUCGUGGAUUUGGUGUGAUGAUGAUGUAGAUUUAACAAAUUUGGAUUUCAAUGAUCUAAGUAUCGAUGAUGUGGAUGACUAUGAUAAAAGGGAACGGAAAUCUCUUCGACAAAUGAAUAGAAACUUGAGAGACGGAAAACCACAUCGUAUUUGUUAUUUCAAUAGAAGGCGAGUAAAAAAAGAGUUGAAUGCUUGUAUAAUAUAA